AUUCCGCUCUCAGGGGCUCGCCUCUACUUCAUUCUCGCGAGAUUUCGUCCAGGAAGUGAACAGCGAAGCGCUGCGAACACGUUGUUUGGAUGGUGUUACGCGACACUCAUGGCGGGACGACUGAAGAAACAAGCGAAAGAUGCCUUAAAGAUCAUAGGAUGUGGCAGUGCCCUGUUCCUGGGAUACCUCACAGCCUCCGGAGACGAGCGUUUCUAUGCCAGCGCUCUCAUGCCUGUGCUGCAGAGGUUUGUGGGAGCAGAGACGGCUCAUGUCAUGGCUGUUCGGGCGAUUGGUCACGGACUUGUGCCUUACAACAACUACAAGGACCCAGCCUCAUUGGAAGUCCAUGUGAUGGGUCAAAAGUUCCAGAACCCAGUUGGGUUAGCAGCAGGCUUUGACAAGCAUGGUGAGGCAGUGGAUGGCCUCUAUAAGCUGGGCUUUGGGUUCGUGGAGGUGGGAACUGUAACCCCAAAGGCGCAGGAUGGCAACCCAAAGCCACGUGUAUUUAGACUGGAGUCAGACCAAGCCGUCAUUAACAGAUAUGGGUUCAAUAGUUGUGGCCUUUCUGCGGUGCAAGAAAGGUUGAAAGCCAGAAAGAAUAUCCAGUCAGAACUAACAAAAGCAGGUAAACCUCUUGGCAUCAAUCUGGGGAAGAACAAGCUUUCUACAGAUGCGGUGUCAGAUUAUGUGGAGGGAGUGCGGACAUUGGGCCCUCUCGCUGACUACCUAGUGGUUAAUGUUAGCAGCCCCAACACUCCUGGCCUUAGAGACCUACAGGGCAAGGAAGAACUGCGCCACCUUCUGGAUAAGGUGCUUAAAGAGAGGGAUUCCUUGCGGAGUGAGAACCGACUGCCUGUGCUGGUGAAGAUUGCUCCAGAUCUUUCUGCACAGGACAAGCAAGACAUUGCUGAGGUCAUCAUGGAGGUCGGUGUUGAUGGUUUAAUGGUUUCCAACACCACUGUUUCCAGGCCAGACUCUCUAAAAGACCCAAAUAAACAUGAAAUAGGAGGCCUCAGUGGCCAGCCUCUGAAAGAGCUGUCCACUCAAACAGUGCGAGAGAUGUACACAUUGACACAAGGGAAGUUACCCAUUGUUGGAGUUGGUGGAGUGGCCAGCGGACAGGAUGCCCUAGAUAAGAUUCGUGCAGGAGCUUCUCUGGUCCAGCUCUACACGGCUCUAGUAUACCAGGGUCCACCUGUAGUCAAAAAGAUCAAAAGAGAACUGGAUGAUCUAUUAAAAGCGCAAGGUUUUACAUGUGUAGCAGAGGCAGUAGGUGCUGAACAUAGAGCAACAAAGAAAGCUGCCACAAAACCACAGACCUAAA